AUGUCGAAAUUACUCCAGAUGCAGAUCUCUGGCGUACGCUCGUUCCAGCCCAAUCACCGUCAAACAAUAAGGUUCGAGAAUCCACUGACUCUUAUUGUUGGCUUCAAUGGCUCGGGCAAGACUACAAUCAUCGAGUGUCUCAAAUUCGCCUUCACCGGGAUGCAGCCACCAAACACGAAAGUGGGAGGGGCCUUCGUCCAUGAUCCCAAGAUGAAAAACGAGACUGAAGUCAGGGCGAUGGUCAAAGUUGAAUUUACAUCGGCAGAGGGUGCAAGACUCGUCGUUGCUAGACGGCUGCAACUGACUGUGAAGAAGUUGUCUCGCUCUCUGAAGUCCUUGGAAGGCUCACUUCUCAUGGCAAAGAACGGAGAAAAGCUUGCGAUAUCUUCUCGCGUUGCAGAGCUUGACCUCCUCCUCCCGCAAUACCUUGGUGUCUCUACUGCUGUACUCGACAACGUCAUCUUCUGUCACCAAGAUGAGAGCCUGUGGCCGUUGAGUGACGCUUCAACCUUAAAGAAACGUUUUGAUGAGAUCUUCGAAGCACAAAAAUACACCAAAGCAAUCGAGAACAUCAAACAAAUUCGCAAGAAACACAACGAGGAAUUGGCCAAGUUCAAGCUCCUAGAGGAACAUGCUCGAGGUGAUAAAGAUCGUGCCUUGUCCUCUCAGAAGAAGGCAGAGCGGCUUCAAAAGGAUAUUGAACUUCUUCGGGACCAAGUCGAGAACCUUGAGCGUCGAAUCUCCAAUGCCAGAAAUCUCGCGGACGAGGCGUGGAGGAAGGGUGAAGAUCACGCUAAGAUCCUGGGCACCCUUCAAGGCAAGCGGAUAGAAGCCCGCAGUAAGCAGAGUACCAUUGAGAGCCUCCAAGCACACAUUGUAGAGGUCACCGAAUCCGACGAGUGGUUAACGAGAGUUCUCGAACAAUUCGAGGCUAGACAGGCGGAGCUCAAAGACCAAAUGCGUCGACAACAGGAGCAGUAUCUCGACUACCAAGAUAACAAAAAGAACUUGAGCAAAGAGAGAGAAGACAAGGUGAAGCUGAAGGGAAAAUAUGAGCAGGAGAAGGAAGAGCACGAACGCCAGCUCGUUAGACGGAAGGAUAUGGUCAAAGAGGUGGCUGCAAAGCAUCGGAUACGUGGUUUCAAUGAUGUCGAUGAUGAAAGACUCGUCGAAGAAUUCCUGUUCAAGAUCAAUAAGAUCUCAAAGGAUCAGAAAAUUGCGCUUGAUCGUGCCAAGCUUGAACAUGCCACUGAAAGACGAGAUGCCCAGACGCUGGUCAAUAAACUCACCGAACGAAAGGCUGCGCUUCAAGACAACAAGAUCAAUAUCAAGCGGCAAAUAGACUCUAACGACCGAGACGCCAGAGAUUUCCAGCGAAAGACUGAUGAGAUUAGAGUUGACGAGGGCAGCAAAGCAGUGGUCGAGUCAAGAAUCGAUGACCUCAAUGCAAAAUUGAACGCCGCUCAGGAAAUUGCAAGAACUGCAGAAUGGGAUAAGAAACUGCAGGAAGCUAACUUUGAACUUGGUUCGAAUGAGGAGGUUCAUGCUCGUCUCAACGACGAGAUCGUUCAAUCAACCAAAAGGGCGGGUGAAUUAGCCAGGCUGUCCCAUCUCAAGCAAGAACUCAAAGAGCGUCAACGCAGCUUGGAAACUCUGCUAAAAACUCAUAGUGACCGGAUCAGUAAGCUCAUUGGACAAAGUUGGAAUGCUACCACGAUAGAAUCAGUCCAUCAAGAUGCAUUGGCCGAUGCGAAGAGCGAGUCAUCAGUCGUUGAGCAGAAGAGGGACUCCGUGGGCAAGGAUCUAGAGCUUUUACAACACAAACAAACCAUUGCUAGAGCAGACCUUUCCCAGAAGAAGGCACGGGCAGACAAGCAUGAAAAGCAGAUCUGUGCCGUUGUUGAAGAUGGUCCCGAUGGAUACGAAAAGGCCCUCGAAGAAGCCGAGAGCGAGACGCAAAAAGCCCGCGCCAGCAGCGAAAGUUGCGGAGCUCUUCAUGAAUAUUUCGAGACUGUAUUGAAGACAGCUCAAACACAACGCUGUUGUCGCACAUGCUUGCGAGCGUUCAAAGCCGAUCCUAGCGACCCACAGCUGGAACAGUUCAAGAUUCGUAUCAAAGGAUUGGUGGACAAAGCUUUGACUGAGGUUGAAGAGAUCAAUGUCAAAGAAGUUGAAGCCUACUACAAACGCGUCUCUGAUCUUGGUAUGGUAGUUGAGAGCUGGAACACCUUAACACGCACAGAGAUCCCAGCAUUGGAGAAAGAUCUAGCCAACCUGUCAGAGCAGCGAGAGAAGCUUGUGGCUCAGUUGGAGAAGCAUGACAAAAUUGUGGAACAACAUCAAGAAAAACGACGCGACAUCGACUCGAUGACUCGAACCGUCACUUCAAUUGCCACGUGUGACAGCGAUAUCAAGUCCUUGACUAUUCAGCUGGAAGAACUCACUGCAAAGCAGAGUCAGAAUAGUGUGGACCGUACACUUGAGGAUAUCAGGGAAGAGAUGUCUUUGACCUCCGAGAAAAGCCGGACCAUGCAGAAGUUGAUUGCAUCACUUCGCACAGAGCAAGAACAAUCUCGCAUCAGUUUGUCAACUUUGGAAAUAGAGUUGCGUGAUCUCAAGGGCGAAUUGAACACCGUCAGAUAUCAACUCGACAAGAAAGCAUCACUUGCGGCACGAGUUGAGGAAUUUCGAGCAUCGAACCAGAAGCAUAGAGAGAACCUUGACAUACUUGAUAGUGAUAUCGAGAAUCUUGGUCCAGAGAUAUUGACCGCUAAAUCCGAGUAUGAUGACAUUGAUCAACGUACGAGUGAGAGAGAGCGAGAUAUGUCGAAUGAGCAAUCUAGACUCAGCGAGAGUGUGAAUGGUCUGGAAUUAUUGAAUGGCCAGAUCCGGUCCUAUGUGGAUCGAGAUGGUCCGGCACAGCUUAGCCGAAUCAAUCGCGAACUCAGUCGUGUGGAACAUGAGAUGAACACUGUACAAAGCGAAGAAAUCCGAGUGACACGAGAAAUCAACAAGGUCCAGGAGGAGAUUCGGGAUAGUGAAGCGACUCGACGACGAUAUUCAGACAAUCUUCUGUAUCGUCGCGAAACUCGUGCACUGUCUCGCUUAAACGAAGAGAUCGACGAACUGGCAGAUCAUACCGCCGAGGCAGACCGUGAUAGGUUCCAGGAGGAAUCCAAGAAGCAUACCCACGAGUAUAAUGCGCUUAGUGCGAAACAGUCAGGCCUUAUGGGAGAGAUGAAGUCGAAAGAUGCACAACUUGGUGAGCUUCUGGACGACUACAAUACCAAUCUCAAAGAUGCACCUCGGCGCUACAAAGAAGCCCAUAUCAAGGUGGAGGCCACCAAAGCCGCGGUUGAAGACCUAGGGCGCUAUGGUGGGGCGUUGGACAAGGCCAUUAUGAAAUAUCACGGUCUCAAGAUGGAGGAAAUCAACAGCAUCAUCGAAGAAUUGUGGCGGAAAACUUACCGUGGGUCAGACGUUGAUACUAUUAUGAUUCGUGCAGAUAAUGAGAUGGGGCGCGGUAACCGUUCAUACAACUAUCGAGUGGUUAUGGUCAAGAGAGAUGCGGAAAUGGACAUGAGAGGACGCUGCAGUGCUGGACAGAAGGUGCUGGCGAGCAUUAUUAUCCGCCUUGCUCUAGCCGAGUGCUUCAGUGACAAAUGCGGCAUCAUUGCGUUGGACGAACCAACCACAAAUCUGGACAGAGACAACAUUGUCAGUCUGGCUAGGUCGCUGAACGAUAUCAUCAGAGACCGAUCCGCGCAAUCAAAUUUCCAACUGUUGGUCAUUACGCACGACGAGGAGUUUUUACGCGAAAUGAACUGUGGAGAAUUCACCGAUAACUACUAUCGAAUCUCGAGGGACACCACUGCGGAUUCUGUUAUUGAGAGACAGAGAAUUGCAGAAGUCUUAUAA